CAAGCCUAGCCGACAAGCAUCUCUCACGCCAUCUCUACCCACCCACGCUCGCACACUCUGUUUGUGUGAUGCACAAAGGAUUCGAUUUGUCUCGGCGCGCAGCUAGAGAGCAGGCCGAAUUAGCGAUUUCUGUCCUUUCUUUACUUUGCCUCCUCAAUCUUUGCCUCAGCCGGAGCAGCGGCAUCAGCGGGCACAGCCUCUUCAGCCUCGUCUCCCUCUUCGCCAUCAGAGUCGUCUCCACCGAGGUCAGGCAUACCCUCACCACCAGCGCCGCCACCCAUCUGGGCAAGCAUGCUCUGCAGGUCCAUCCCGCCCAUGCCACCAGCGCCACCCAUGCCACCCAUUCCUCCCAUUCCUCCCAUACCGCCCAUCCCACCCAUGCCCUGCAUCUGCGCAAGCAUCGACGGGUCCAUGCCGCCCAUGCCGCCGUCGCCAGCUCCACCGCUCAGGUCCUCGAGGUCAUCCUGCUCGUCCUCGUCGCGCCACUUGCCAAAGUCCGUCUUGACGUUGUGCAUGCGGACCUUGUCCUUGGAAAGGCGCGGCCAGUACUCGGAAGAGGCCUCCUUCUUGCGCAGAACGAGGUAAAUGUUCUUCGAUGACGGGUGGAUCUUGCUCUCCUGCGAGACAGGUGCCGCGGGGGGAG